AUGCCGCUUUAUCCUUGGAGCUCGUCAACUACAUAUCGUGUUGUUCCUUAUAAUACUCAUCCUAUUUGCAAGGGAUAUAAUGGGCAAUGCACUUAUAAAACACGCUAUGCAAGUGGAUCAAUUACAUCUGGUAUUAUAGCUGAAGAAAAAUUUACUCUUGGCUCCGAUGCCGGUGGCCUUGAAAGUAUUGGUUUACACAUAGGUUGUGAUUUUCACCAAAAGAAUUUGGAUAACUUUAUCGGUAGGAAUCAUUUACGUGGAAAACCUGAUCUUAUUGCAGGAAUACUUAGCUUAGGACCAGGACAAUGGUCUUUUCUAAACCAAUUAGGUGAUGUUGGCGAAGGAAAAUUUUCCUACUGUAUGGAGACAUUUAACAAUAAAAUUGAGCGAUCCGAUACAUAUUUAAGGUUUGGUGCAGAUGCCACAAUUGGAGAUGCAUCUCAAGUAGUACAUACAAGUCCCAGCAUUGUGCCUCCUUUUCAGACGUAUCAGUAUUACUUUUAA